AUCAAUGUCUUGGGUGCGCUUGCAACUGGUGAGGUUUUUCUAUGAUAGACAAUAUUAUAUUGUUGCUGUAAAAUAUUCUGUCACAUCAACCUAUCGACUGUCUCCAGUUUGACCAGUGUACACACUUCUCAAACGGUACAAAAAAGGUGAGCAUGUUAUAUUUCCAGUGUUCUGUAGCUGUAAAUAGAUGACAAGAUGCAGGCAUCUCUACAGUAUGAUCAUUAUCAAGGAGCAGUGUAUCCACUGGACCUGCAUGCAGAACCAAACCAUGGACAGUAUAGAAAGACACCCAUAAAAUCACUGGUGAAUCUGUGUGCAGAGUACAUAGUGCGUGAUGCAACGGUUACAAAAGAAGCAGUGCAGCAUGUCCCACACCACCUCAGUGUGGCUCUCAUGCAGGCAGCCCUGCUCGAUAAUCGUGACCGCUCCAUGGAAACGCUAAUAUCUCAUUGGCCGCUUAACAGCCUGACUCUGAAAAAGCUUGCCCCAACUUUAUUCACAUCUGUGGUGCCCCUGUACAAUUCGACCUAUCUUUCUGACAUUGUCCGUCAGAGUCUACGCUACACCACCUGUUUAUCACACACAUUCCUGGAGUGUCUGAAAAAGCGCACACCAACAAAGCUCAAGUAUCUUGACAUGACAGGGUUUCCUACAGCGGAAGUCAUCCUAUUUUACCUGGCGACCCACUGUAUGUUGGCACACAAUGAGGCCCGCCAGACUGUCAUGGUGGACAUGUACAACAGAGUGGUCACCCUGCUCCCGGACCAGACAGAAUCGGACAAGUCUUCGUACCAGCUGAUGACUGCUGAUACGACCAUCCCAGAUUCCAGCUUCACCGUGAAGAUGGAUGCCUUUGUCACAUCAGAUCAGACACAUGCAGAACUAUGUAAAGCUCUCAAAGUGUCUGGCUUCCAGGACAGUAAACUAAAAAUCGUCCUGGAAACACUAGAUGCAACUUGCUUGGGGGAACAGAAGCUUCAUAUACUGCUACAACAAGUCAAUCCAAAGUUCCUGCAAGGUCUGCGUCUGAAGUAUAAUGCACUGAAUUGUGAAGACUUCUGUAAAUUGUCACCUGUACUGGAGCGGUUCAAUAGUUUGAUAGCUCUGGAUCUGUCCUGUAACAGUAUCAGGCACAAGGAAUCAUGUGAUAGUCUAGCUCAGCUCCUCUCUGCCUUGCCUCAUCUCAUCCGACUUGACCUCAGCAACAAUCGUGUGAAAACACGCCUUCGCCAGAUUUUGUCCAAUAUGCCCAGUGCAUUGCAGUAUUUACGACUGGUGGGAUGUGGCCUCGCCUUGACAGACAUUGCAUACUUAUCAGUAUCCCAUCAUAUGUCUGGUUUAACAGAGCUGGACCUCAGUGAGAACAACCUACAACCAGCUGCAGCCAACUUCAGUAAACUGUUAAAGAGCUGUAAGUCCAUGUUACACACACUGGAAAUACAGGACUGUAAGUUACGCGAUGACUCAGUGGAGCUGUUUACAGGAAACUUAGCCUCCAUGGAAAGCCUUAUGUAUGUGAAUUUAUCAAACAAUUCACUGAGCCUACCUGUUCAUGAGUGUGUGCUGGAAGCAGUGGCAGGACUGCCCAGUCUUCAGGCCUAUCGCCUCUCCUUUUCCAAGGACUGUUACAGUCCUGAUUUACUGGACGAUGAACUGGACAUGAAAAAGGACAUGUGUGUAGCACAAAUGUACCACGUAAUGAGGAGCAUCAGGGGUGAGGCCAGUCUACCACACCUAAUGUUUGUGGAACUAGAGAGAUUAGAUGACGUGGAAUGACCUUAAUGACAGUAAAUCGUAUUGAGUAGAGCAGAUAACAAACUGUGGAGAAUCAGAACACUGUACAAAGAUAUGCAAGUAGAUCUGGCCGACUUCCAUUUAAAUUAUUCGGUUAUUUGAUGUUCCAUCAUGGUCAAAGUCACAGCAAGGAAUCAAAUUUCAUUUGUAGCAAUGCUUUUCUUUUCUAGAUUGUAGUAUUUUUUUGAUGAAACUGCAAAUUUACAUGUACAUGUGCUAUAAAGGGAUAGUGUGUAUCCAAUUCCUCCUAGGAUUUCGUUUGACACCCCUUUCACCACUGUUACUCUAAGAUUCAACCCUAUUUUACUCUUCAUUGUGAUGAACAUUAUGACUUACCCUUUUACAUAUUGUCACAUUAAAUAAUUGAAUUGCAUAAAAUUAUCCUUGCAGAAAUAUUUUAGUCAACAAAUACAUAUUGUACAUCUAAUGUAUUUUAGAAUCCACAUGGUUUUCUACAUAAGACUGAUUUUACAAAAUCUGAAAUCACAAUGGCAUAGCUAAGAUGCACAUGUAUAAUGAGGAUUUUUUAAGUGAACGAUUAAGAAAUAGACCAAUUUGGAUAUUAAUUAACUACAAUAGUAUUCAAAGUGCCUAUUAUCUAUGACACUGGAGGAUUUGCAGCAUGAAUGUGUUUCUGUUUUUACAGAUUUUAUCCUGAAUGGGCAGGCUUCACAUUGGUGUCCCAGUAAAAUAAUUAUUUACUUCUUAAUUACAUGUCACCACUCCUCCUUAAAAUACUUUGGGUUACUAGUACAUAAAUGUUGUUCUGGGCGAGUUUCUGAAUAUUAUUCCGAUAUUAAUUGACAUAAUAUAAGUUGUCAGAUCUUUCUAAAGUACUGCAGAGCACCGCUAUCUUGUGAUAUAAAUAACUACAUGACUUUGAGGUCAAAUGAUGAAGUCCACAGAUCAUUAACAGAGGUGAAUGGGGGUGUACUGAGGGUAGUGAGAAAUUGACUACAGUUGUCGUAGAUUACACACAUCAAUUCCCACAAGGUCAAGGUCACAGCAGGAGGUCAGCUGUCAAAUCAUUUUAAUGCUUACAAUUGUCAGAAUUGCAACCUCCCUACCAGAUGCAGCUUUAAAAUUUCAAAUGAUUGCAAUGCUUGUCCCAACCAAAUAAACUAUGAAAGGAAAUUUCAUAAAUAGAAGUACUAUGGCAA